CAGCAUUGUACAUUACGAUAUAUCCGGCUUUUUGUGCUUAAAAGUCAGAAUUGUGUUUUGACGAUAUUCGUUACUGACCUAUCAAAAAACAGAACUGUUUCGGAGUUAGUUGUUGUGGAUUAGAUUAGGAUAAGAUAUAGCUCCUCCCCACUUACCUUUCCUUUAAAAGUAAAUGAUAAAACCCUCAUUGCUCUCGUCCUUGUUUCUUUAUAGGUUCAACCACCACUCAAUACACUUUACUCUUCUACCUUCUUUCAACCACUCCAUACAAUUUCACUCUUUCUCAUUCAACUCUCUCCCCCUCACUCACACUACUUCCACAAAUUCAUCUGAAGAAGUAAAGAGUUACUGUUUCACCCUUUUACAAGGCUCCCUCAACAGCUAUUUUUAAGUAGGUCAAGGACUCAAGGCUGACUCAAUUUUACUUGAUUCUCGCCCAUGCAGUGGAUAAAUAAUUAAUAUUCCAUGGGUAUGAUAAAUCACACGCCACAGAUCCAAUCCUUCAUCCGUAAUUAUCAUUAUCUAUGUCUGUUUUAGUGUUUCCAAAAAUAUAGAACUUGACUUUAAGAAAAAGGAAGAAGAAAGAGAGAUAUUCGGCAUAUAGUUAUAUUGUCUGGCAUAACCAAAAUUCAGAGGUUUCAUUUUUGAGGGAUUUUAUAAACAGUUUCAGUGAAAAAGGAGUUGGAUGGAGAUAACAGCCGAUAAUGCUAGCUUCAGCAAGACAGAAGCCACCAAAAUCACGACAGUAGAACCUGUUUCUGAUCCCGACAACUACACAAUUGUCACAAUUACAGGCAUGAAACCUGAGUUUCACAAAGCUGCAGUGGAAGGCAACAUCAAUCUCUUUAAAGAGAAGGGUGAGCCAAUUGAGUCCAUACUAACCCCAAAUAAAAAUACAAUCCUUCAUAUACACUUCACGAAGUACACUGACAGUGUUUCAGAGAAAUUUGUGGAAGAGGUUUUACAUAUGUGUCGUGCACUUCUUUUGAAGACCAAUGGGAAGGGUGAUACCAUACUUCAUAUAGCAGCAAGAUAUGGACAUCAUGAAAUAGUGAAAAAAUUAAUUGCUUGUGCUAGAGACUCUGAUAUUUAUGAAGUUGGAACUGAAAAAAGGCUUAUAAGAGCAACAAAUAAUAGGAAGGACACGGCCUUGCACGAAGCAGCUCGUUACGGUCACAAUGAAGUGGUGGAUGUCAUGAUAAAGGAAGAACCAGAUCACACAUAUUUUGGUAAAAAUGUUGAUGAUGAGACUCCACUUUAUAUUGCUGUUGAGAGACAAAAUUGGGACAUGGUACAUAAAAUAUUGGAUCAGAGUAGUUCACCACAAUAUAAUGGCCCUAAUGGCAGAAAUGCUUUGCAUGCCGCAGUCCUUCAUGGUGACACAGGACAAGUGCGGAAGUUGUUGACAAGAAAUUUAUUAGCGGCGAAAGAAGCAGAUGAAAAUGGUUGGGUUCCCCUUCACUUGGCAGCACUUUGUGCACGUCCAACGGUGUUAGAAUUGUUGGUAAGCAAAGAUAGAGGCACGGCAUACAUGAGGGAUAACAAGGGAAGGACGGCUCUUCACUUUGCAGCACUUGCAGAUUCAGUUAAGAUGAGAACGGUAUUAAACUAUUGUCCAGAUUGUUAUGAAUUGGUGGAUGAAAAGGGUUUAAAUGCUCUGCACUACAUUACAAUGGGAGAAACUCAUUCCCUACGACUAUUAAAACAAAUCAUACAAGAUACACCGCUAAGCAACUUGUGCAAUGAGAAAGAUGAUGAUGGGAACACACCACUUCACCUUCUUGCCCGUCAAGCUCCCAAACGGAAUCGUUAUCAUCCUCUUCUGGACCUACAAUUUCCAAAAGUGGACACAAUGGCAUGCAAUAAAUAUGGUCAAACUGCUCUCGAUGUUGCUGUUGAUGUUGUGCCCCCAAAUUCAGCUGAUGAGGUGCAGAACACAAUGUUAAAGGAAUUGAGAGCUAUUGGAGCAAGGCUAGGAGGACGGGUUCUGGAUAAGCACCUUAAAGAGAAGAAACAAGAGAAGAGGUAUGAUUUAGCAGUUGGUGAAGAGGAGAAACAAUAUAAAACAAAUGGUGUAUCGAAAAAAUACAAGACAAAUGAUCAAGAUCGUUUAGCUGGAAUGGCAACCACCCUCUCUGUAGUGGCAACUUUAAUUGCAACAGUAACAUUUGCAGCAGGAUUUACGUUGCCUGGGGGAUUGAUUCAAGAAGGAGAACAUCAGGGUUCUCCCAUAUUAGAGUAUAAUGCAGCUUUCAUAGCAUUUGUUCUCACAGACUCUCUCUCAUUUGUUCUCUCUAUUUCUGUUGUUUUUUUCCUAUUUUUCUCAUCAGCUCUAGCAAAAGAGAAGGAUGCGAAGCAGGAACUCUCUGAAUUCCUACUAUUUAAUUGUGGGUAUUUAACCAUGGUGGCAAUGGGAUUCAUGAUCACGGCAUUUGGGACAGGCAUAUAUACUGUCCUGGGGGUUUCCAAAGGUUUUGGUAUUGUCACUCUCUUUAUUGUUUUGUCCUUUUUCUUCAUUAUUGCUAUAGUUUUUAAGAAAGCCUUUUUUGGAGUACCGCAAAAAAGUGCGGAAAAAAGUCUUGAACAAGAUUUAAAACACGGGGUGGAGUCCUAUGACAAUAGAGAAAGUGAUAUCCAACUGUCCCAGAUUGUUUGAAUCAUUGUCAACAGAAUUCUAUUUAUUAGUUUUACUUCAUUUAUUUUAUGUAUAUGCUUUUCUUCCCCAA